UGAAGGCCUGGCAUCAGAGCGCGCGUUUCCGGGAUGGUAACGCUAACGGCUAAUGCUGAAGAAAAGAAGUGACCCAACUGUAUCGGUCCACCGUCUGCUGACCACUCCGAACCGACACGUAACUUUCUCUCAUGCUGCGGUUCCGCUGAAGAAGCAUCUGGAAGCUGCUCGUGCACACGCACAGUCUCCAUGGCUACAGAGGAAUUCUACGAGGUGGAGACAAUCGUGGACAGGAGGAGGAACAGGAAGGGGAAGAUAGAGUACCUGGUGAGGUGGAAAGGUUAUGGCCCAGAAGGUGACACCUGGGAGCCGGAGAGUCACCUGUCCACCUGCAUGUCCUAUGUGGAUGAGUUCAAUCGUUUCUUCACCGAGCGGCAGAAAGGCAGCACCUUACUGCGCUCCACUCGCAGCCAUCUCAAUAGCUCCUCCCACAAACGUUCCUGCGGGCCGCCGCCUCUUGCUGCCCGCAGUGACCCAAGCUGUGAUGUUAGCAGAGGACACCCUGGAGAUCCCGCUCAGGUGAGAACACCUCUCAGCCCUGAUCACCUUCCCCGCCCUGUCUUCGUUGGUCCACAACAGGCCCCACCCACUGACAGCUACAGCAGCCCCCUGGUGCCGGUGACUCCAGCUGGCCCGGCCCGCCGUAGUGUGGAUCUUUCUAAGAGUGGGAUCAAGAUCCUGGUUCCAAAGAGUCCCAUGAACUCGCGACUAGACUCGGAGGAAUCCCCCAGCGAGGCUGGAGCUCAAGAGGCUCACCUGGUUCCACCUGAAGUCGCCCUGCUGGAAAAACCUGCAGGAGUUCAGUUGGGCCCUGGAGAGGAAAGGGCCCGAAUGGGGACCAGACCCCGGAACCUGAACCCACUACCCCCACCCACAAGGGCCCCUGUCAACCUGGCUACGCACCCCCUCAGUGGUUCAGAAUGGUCCAGACAGACCGCAGGACAUGCUGGACCUACAGAGGCUUUUGCCCCCAGUGGGAUGUCCUCUGGUUCCAGUGCUGUUACCGGGAUAACCAGCGUGAUGGGGAAGCGGCGCCUGGAGGAACGCUCCACCUUCGAUAAACGUCUGAGGUUCAGCGUCCGUCAGACAGAGAGCGCCUACCGCUACCGUGACAUUGUGGUGAAGAAGCAGGAUGGCUUCACUCAUAUCCUGUUGUCCACCAAGAGCUCUGAGAACAACACGCUCAAUCCUGAGGUGAUGAAGGAGAUCCAGAGCGCCAUGGCGACAGCGGCGUCUGAUGACAGUAAACUGGUUCUGCUCGGUGCAGUUGGCAGUGUCUUCUGCUGUGGCCUUGACUUCCUGUCCUUCAUCAGACGGCUGACAGACGACAGGAAGAAGGAGAGCAUCAGGAUGGCUGAAACCAUCAGGACCUUCGUAAAUACCUUCAUCCAGUUCAGGAAGCCCAUCGUGGCAGCAGUGAACGGGCCGGCGCUCGGUCUCGGUGCUGCCCUCCUGCCACUCUGUGAUGUAGUGUGGGCCAAUGAGAAGGCCUGGUUCCAGACGCCGUACACGUCCUACGGACAGACACCAGACGCCUGCGCGUCCUUCACCUUCCCUCGUGUCAUGGGUCUCGCAGCGGCCAGUGAGCUGCUGCUGGGUGGCAGGAAGCUGACGGCCAUGGAGGCGUGCUCUAAAGGUCUGGUGUCCCAGGUUCUGUGGCCCGGAACCUUCACACAGGAAGUGAUGCUGCGGGUCAAAGAGCUGGUGGCUGUCAACACGCAGGUCCUACAGGAAUCCAAAGGCCUGAUGAGGAGUGCCAGCCGUAGUGCCCUGGAGCAAGCCAAUGAGCGUGAGUGUGAAGCUCUGAAGAGAGUGUGGGGAUCCUCACAGGGAACCGACUCCAUCCUGCAGCAUCUGCAGAGAAGAGCCGAUCUCUUCUAGAACCAGGACCAGUCCUGUUUUCCGUUUCAGGACGUGGACAUGUCUCGUCUCACUCGGUUAUUUAUUGUUAUUCAGGAUAUAGACACAUCCCGGGUUCCUCAGGCCCCACAGCAGACUUGAGUUCCACCUUUCCAUCCUGGUUCUCUACAGAACAUGCAGGUUCAUGUUGUCUUGCUGGGCCGUUGCUGCUUGGGUCAAGUUCUCCAAGUGCUUCAGGUUGAUGGCUAAACCGGGCCUCGGGUCGCUGCUGGUCCAGAGGAGAGUCAUGCUCUAGCAGUGAUGAAUUCUGGGUAAGGGUAUCUUCCUUAGGUUGAGAUCAUGUGACUCUGUACUGCAGUGCUGGUCUCCUGGCAGCAGGUGUGGCUUGGUUCUGCCGGUACCAGUCCGUUCAGCUGAUUUGUUGCUGUGCUGAGCAGUCUAAAGAAGUUCUGCUCAGAUGGAGCAGAGCCGUUCUGACAGCAGAACUUCUACAUGUAAUAGAGAAUAAAGUCCAACAGAACUUUUCCCUGUUCUGGAAAAAAAACGACUGUUUUAUUCUCUAAUCACACAUGAGCCACGUUACCAAGGUAACACCACAUGUCCACGAGCCACGUUACCAAGGUAACACCACACUUCCACGUGAACCACAUUACCACGGUAACACCACAUGUCCACGUUACCACGGUAACGCAUCACUGGGAUCACGACAGGAAGCUGUUGUUAAAUUGUUGUUUUAUUUUCAGGUUUACUCAUAAAUCGGGAGACAUUCUGCUCUGAGGUCAAAGGUUACAAUCCAAAGAAAAACUCAGGUAAAGGUUAAAGGUCGCUCCAGGGAGCUAUGCAGAAAGAAACCAUGCAGCACUGUUGACCCAUUUCCUGUCUUGGGGCAGAUUUUUUCUAUGACAACAGUAAUUCAUCUUGGUGAGAGGGUAUGUGACCCAGAGGUCACCUCAUGGUGGACAAGUGUCAUAUGCUCCUGUGGCCAGGUGGAGGUGGUAGGUGUGGUCAGGGAACAUCAGCAAGUUGUAGAAGUUCUCCCCUCCACUCAGAACCCCGUGCUCGUUGUCCCCCCAUGAUACUGGACUAUCGAUGAAACCGUGAACCGUCAGUGAAGCCCAGGACUCCAGCUGAGUUUGCUGCAGGUGACACCUGAAGCACAGGUGAGUUAUUUUGUCGUCAGCUGUUCAGGUAAAGGUGUGCUUGUGUGAGAGAGCUAACCUGAGCUCCUGGAUCAGUCGCUGCACAUCGUGUGGCAACAGCAGGCCACAGAUGGACACGCUCAGAGCAUGACUGAGCACGUCAUUGGGCUCUGGACAGGUGAACGAUGACAGGAAGCUGCUGGAUGAGCUCUCACUGAAACCACAGAAGAACGACUUGUAGUCACAACACUUGGACACGUGACCCUGACUGGACCACUCACCAGCUGAUGUCGGCCUCCACAGCUCCAAUCCACUCCAGAAGACUGUGACAGUCACAUGACCGAAAGUCGGGACAGGUCAGGUCAGUCAGGUGGCGGCAGCUGACCUCAGGUUCGUGUUUGGACCAAUCAUAACGAGACAGGAGUGGCUGUAGAGAGGCCCCACCCUCUGAGAGGCAGAAUGGAGUACAGGUGAUACAGUAAAAGAGAAUCUGGUCCAUAAGUCCAGUUUAGACUGCGAGACCAUCUAAAGGCUCAGGAAGCCUCUGCCUGUGUUGUGGAUUCAUCAGCUGAUUGGAGAACAUUGAACCUUUACAUGAUAUUCUGAGAUGUUAAAUGUGGGGUCGUCAUCAUCUGGAAGCCGUAAUCAUCACAGGUAGAACAGAGAAAGGCGGAAACAUCUGGAUUGACAGGAUGAGUCUGUCUCAUUGAUUAGUCUCACCUUUCAGGGUGGAUUAGUGACAACAGUGACCUUUACCCCUUGUUCUAGUUUUUAUGAGUUUCACCUGUAAGGAGAAGAUCACAUGUAACCAUCCUUAACAAUGGUGUGUCUCACCUGGAUGAUGGGACAGUAGGAAGUCUGUCUGCAGCUGAAGGUGUGACCGAAGACCUGUAAGGAGCCGGGUGUGGCCCCGUCCACCAGGUGCCAUGCUGCUGUCCGUCAGGUCCACAGAGACCACUGCAGGAGACAUCACACUCGGUUGGUUUCUGGUUCUGUUCAGGCUGAGCUCAGCAAACAGGUCAGGACUGAACAACCCGGACCUGAGUCAGGAACAUCUGGACAUUCUUUCCUGCAGGUUCCUUCUAGUGAGGAUAAAUUCACCCUAAAACUCCACCCAGUGUCCUGGCUCUGCUGCUGUUUAGUCAACUGGCUUUUUUAGGCUACCGCACGGGUCCCUUCACACCUGGUACCUGGAGACCCAACACCUAUAGUCCUGGGACUUCCUUUAGAAAGCUGCUUCUGCACAAAACGGGUCAGAAAACGGUGUAAGGGACUUUCUACGCAAACCGCGCGGUUUAUACAGAAACGCUUGACAGAAAAUGUGGAAACUUUAAACAAACUUUGGAUCUGGAGACGAAAAUCGUGUCAU